AUGUGCGGAGCUGGGCGGCUCGCCGAGCUCCUGCGACGGUUCAAGCUGGCUCCUGGUGCGACACAGGCGGAGCUGCGGGGAGCCUACUACAAGCGUGCGAAGCUGCUCCAUCCGGACAUCGCGGGCGAGGCCUCGCAGGCGGACUUCCGCCGCCUCCGGGAGGACGAUGGGAGCUUAAGGGGCGAAAAGGCUUUGAACCUCUUUGUGGCCCAGGAAGACUGUGGGGAGAGACUCCGCAAAGACGCACGGAUGCCUAGGGCCUAG